AUGACGGCCAGACUCACUUUCACAGUUGCCCUUGCUCUGUGCACGCUAGGGCCUUCUCUUGUUCAGGGAAGAAGUCUAGUUGGACAUGGCCAGAUCACUGUCACUCUCGAGGACCUCUCCCGGUCUUCAAACAGUACUGUCAUCCACAACGAGACAAUCACUGGCCCGGAGGACAUCAAAGCUGUCAGUGAGACGGAGAGUACCGAGGCCAGCAUUGAACCUAGCCCUGAGAUCAGCACAGAAGCCGAGGGUGAGGCUAUCAACGACGGGGUUAGCACCGAAGCCAGCACCGAUUCUAGCAUCCACAUCAGCAUGGAGGCUAAGAGUCAGGCUGAGGGCUCUGACACUAACACUGGUGAUAGCUUUGAUGAUAGUGCAGAAGCAGGCACCAAACCCAGCGACGAAGGCAGCCCUGAGACAACCAAAAGUCAAGCUGAGAACGACGAGACUAGCUUCAAGACCGACACGGAAACUAGCAACAAUGCUAGCGAAGAGGCCAACUUAGCGGCUAGAAAUGAGGUUGAGUUUGCUGAAACCAGCACCAGUGCUACCUUCGAGCACAGUACAGAGACUGAGGCAGAGGAUGAGAGUACUGAGGCAGAGGAUGAGAGUGCUGAGGCUGAAGCCAGAAUCGAAACUGAGAGUAAGGAUGAGGGAGCCGCGACCGGCACAGAAUCCAGCAUCCAGGUCACCACAGAAGCGGUGAGUGAGGCUGAGACCACCGAGGCUAGCACAGAUGCUAGUUUUGAGGUCAGCACAGAGGCUGAGUAUGUAGAUGAGAUUUCCGAAGCUAGCGGCAAGGAUAGUUUGAAGAUAAGCACAGAGACUAGCAGCCAGCCUGGCAUAGAAACUAGCACACAUGUCAUCACAGAAACUAGCAGCCAUGUGAGCGCAGAGGCCGAGAAUGAAGCUGAGAGCGCUGAUACUAUCGCCGAGCUCAGUAUUGGAGCCAACACCGAGGUCAGCAGGAGCACAGAGGCCGAGAGUGAGGCUGAGAGUGCUGAGGCUGUCACUGAGCUCAGCACAGAAGCUGGCACCGAAGUCAGCAGUAGCACGGAGGCUGAGAGCGCUGAGAUCAGUUUAGAGAUCAGCACCGAGGCUAGCACCAAGCCUAGCGACGAAGCCAGUACAGAGGGCGAGGUUACCAUAGAGGAUAUCGGGCGUGACCUUGAGACUGAAAACGAGUUUGAGAACAUUACGCUGAGUGUUGAAGACGACACUGAGACUGGAGGUGAGGAUGGUCACGUCGAGUUCAGUACCACAGCCAGCUCUGAUGUUAGCACCAAGGCCGAGGGUGAGGAUGAGAACGACUACAUAAGCGCCAAUGAUAGCACGGAGCCUGGCACAGGAGCCGAGGACAGCGGUACCGAGAAUGUAGAACAUGAAGACAGUGAAGCGGAAAACACUGAAGAUGAGGAUGCCGAAGGUGCACUUCACCUAGACGAGUUCACUUCAACUGAGGAUAACUUAACGACAUCUGCUGAAGAGGUGACCGAUAGUCCCCAUCCAGAGAACUGUCAGGAGCCCGGUUUUGUCGAGUGCCCCGCCUGCCUGCAGCCGGGAAACCCCAGGCAUAAUUACACCUGUGACGCCUCUGCCCGCAACUGGUACUUCAGCUACAAGGAUCAGAAGUGUGUAAAAUUUAUUUACGGUGGCUGUGGCGGUAACUUCAACAGGUUUGACAGCAAGAAAGAGUGUUUGAGGUUUUGCAGUAAAUACAUCGACGAAGAUAACGAAAGCGAUCUAGCUGAAGACUACUUUGACAUAUUUAACAAGAUCCCGGAUGGACCAAUUGCCUUCAAACCGGAGGGUAGAGUGAACUAUAGAGGGUUGCUAUAAAUGGCGCGCACCCUUAGAGGUUGUCUCUGUCUUAUUUCACUUCUAGUUAUUGAGCGAAAUAUUUCUUUGAUCGGUUCUCCUGACUGCAAAGUUCGGUCUAGUGUGAUACCAGUCCGAUAAAUUGUUUAGGUAUGCUUGACGAGUGCGCACGAAUCACAGCCAUGUGUUAUCGAAACAAUGCAGUUUAAUUCUUUGUUUCUAUAAGAUACGUUUUAUUGUGUCUCUCUUUUGAUGGAUUUCAGACUUGUUUCCUAGGAUAUGCUGCAAUAAAGAAAACAGAUUGACACUUGACAAA